AAACUUUAUUAAUAUAAUGUGUGUGGCUUAGUCUUCAUCUCAAUCGAUGGCUCCUCGUGUUCGCGGUGGAAAAGGCAGAGGAAGAGAAAGAGGAAGGGGACCGAAGUCUCCGGAGAAGCGACCCACUGGCUCAAGUCGACCCACAUCUUCCGGUGUGUCGCAUCGAAGACCUAGAAGCCUUCCCUCCCAAUAUGACUUCACGCCGGCGAGCCCUCAAACUCCAAUUCCAGAGACUGAGCAAAAUCGGAGUCGCCAGCCUUCACCGGUUCCUACUCAGAGAAACUAUCCUCCUCCUCAGCAGCUUUUCCAGACAGAAGAAGGAUCUCUACAUGCAUCUGGUGGAUCUCCUCGAGGCUCUGGAUCGACUCUGUUUCGAGCAUCCGGAUCGACUCAAGUCAGAGGGUCUUUCUCAUCUGUUCAUCGGCUAGCCUCCGGAUCUCCUCGUGCUGUUCAGUCUCCAGCACCGGUUCAGUCUCCAGCGCCGGAUGAAGAAGAUGAAGAUGGUGACGCUGAAGGCCGUGAGCUCUAUACCACUGUCAUCUCUCCGACGUUGGAGCCUGGAACAACUUGGUUUGGUAAGGAUAAUGGUAAGCUGACCCGAAAGAUCACCAAGUGUUUUAUAAACAAGUUUGAUGGACCAUACUACAGUUGGAGCUGUAUGCCAACUAGAAGAAGAGAAAGAUACUUUCUUGAAUUCACGAAACAACACACCUGGCAUCCCUCACUGACAUGUGUGGUUGAAGCCAAGUUCUAUAAGAUCAUUGCACUACGUAUGAAAGACAUAGUUUAUAAGGCAGGGACAAAAAGACUGAGGCCGUAUUGGAUUGAGAAAACUCUGUGGAAAGAGAUGUGUGAGUAUUUGGAUACUGAAGAAGCAAUAGCCAAGAGUUCAACCACAUCAGCUGCUAGGAUGUCUGACCGUAAUGGUCUUGGUCCACACAAGCAUGUUUCUGGUCCAAAGUCUUUCCUACAAGAAGUUGAAUUGGGAAGACCGCCGACAAUUGGAGAAGUGUUCAUCAGGACUCAUACCAAGAAGGAUGAGACAUUUAUGGAUAGGAAGGCGCAUGAAAUCCAUGAGGCAUAUCUCAAGAACAAGGCAGCUAAGUUGGCUGCCCUUCGUGAGAAUGAUGAACAGUCUGAUGGUACUUCGCGUCGGUCUGAGCUAUCUCAUGAGGAGGAUGAUGAGAUCUUAAUUUCUUCAGGUAAUACUCUUGUCUUUUGGUGUCUACAAGCAGAACGUGAAGCAGAGGCAUUGCGGGUCGCAGCAUCCCAAGCAGCUGAGAUCAAGUACUUUACGAUGGUGAAAAAGUACCUGAGUGAAACUGACCCUAAUUUCCUGGCCUUUCUCAAGUCCCAAUCAACUCCUGUUGCGGAUGAUUAUUCAGAGGUCCAAGCAACUCCUACUCCUGCUGCUAAUCCUGAUGAAAGACCAAAUGAUGACUACAAUCGACCAAAUUUGCAAGCUCGUGAGAAGGAGGAGAAGCUUGUAAAGACGCAACAAGGAAGAUCUAGUGUGGUUAAUGAUAAACAACAAGAGAGAGUAUGCCAAGUUCUUCAAGAUCAAGGAUGCAACAUCACUCGAGUCACCGGGGAUUGUGGUCCUGUUGCCACCGUCUUCACCGAAAAAGAUCUGAGUUGCCAAAUCCUCCACUCCGCCGUUCGAGACGUCAAGCAGAUCGUAGAGCAGAUCCAUCCAGAAAACUUACCGAGAAAGGUGAGAAGAGGGCGUCCUGCAAACACCAGAGGGAACCAAGUAGGGGAUGCACCAGCUGUUGGGCAAGAUCAACCACCUAUAGGUGGGAUACCUGUAGAAGCUCAGCACGAUCAGCCACCACCACCAGUACCUAGGGUUGAGGUGCCUCAGCACCAACAGCCACAUGCAUUGCUAGCAAGGACUGAGUAUUUUGAGACGAUGAGGCUCUUGGGUACAAUGGGCACAGAGUACUUCAGUGGGGUGAGACCAGGAAAUCAGAACAGAGGAAUUCUGCCACCACCUCCAAAGAGGCAAGCAGUGGGACCUCGAGCGUAUGUAGUAGCAUACCAUGAUGAUGUAGAUGAGGAUGGGGCAGACCCAAUUGUUGGUACGUCUUCAAGGACCUACCGUGAUGUCCCUGUAGAGAUUGAAUGUAUGGAGUUGUUUGGGAAUUUCUUGGAGAUGGAGCUGAAACAUUAUGAGAUAAUCCUUGGGAUGGGUUGCAUCACUCGAGUCACCGGGGAUCGUGGUCGUGUUCAGCCAGAGCCACCGUCUUCACCGGAAAGAUCUGAGUUGCCAAAUCCUCCACUCCGGCGUUCGAGCCGUCAAGCAGAUCGUAGCGCAGAUCCAUCCAGAAAACUUGCCGAGAAAAGGGAUGAUGAUGAGAUUACUUUGUAGAAGUUCAAGCUUAGAAUUGAAUUUAAAGCAUUUACUCAUAUUUAAUUCUUGCUUAAACAACUCGAAAAACAUGGAAAAUAUAUGAUUGGAUCUUUG